UAUAAAUGUGCAGAAAGAAAAAAAAACAGCCCACCAGCCCUUCAUUUAGAUUAUCUCCCUUUUAUUACUUGUUAGAUAUUCUAAGUCUAAGAGAACUAAGACUAAAUUGACAACAUGACUUUUAUGUGUCAGAAAGACAGUUAUCUGAAAGAAUUCCUCACUAAAGUAAAAAGUUCCCGCCCUGCAUGUGAUGACUUUGUCGUUGAUGGUAAAAAGACUAAAGUUCAAGGCUAUGAAAUAAUUUUGGAAGACAGCAUUCUAUUUCCUGAAGGUGGAGGCCAGCCUGAUGACAGAGGAACAGUAAAUGAUAUACCAGUACUGAAAAUAUCCAGGGUAGGGGCUGAAGCCGUUCACUUCAUAUCUUCAGACAUUUCAGCUGGCACUGAGGUUUAUUUGAAGCUAGAUUGGAAUAGACGAUUUGAUCACAUGCAGCAGCAUACAGCCCAGCAUCUGAUCACAGCAAUUACAGAUAAGAAAUAUGGUUACCAGACAACCUCAUGGAGUUUAGGUACAGAUAUAGUGACCAUAGAGCUGGAAACUACUUCUCUAACAUUAGACCAAAUGCUGGACAUAGAAAAAUCUGCCAAUGAAAACAUUAGAGAAAAUAUUUCUGUCCGUCCAACUUUUUAUAGUGACAAAAAUGAUCCUGAGCUUAAAAAAUUUCGAGGCCUAGGCCUACCAGCAGAUCAUGUUGGCUCAGUCAGAGUGUUAUCUAUAGAAGGCAUUGAUGAUGCUUUAUGCUGUGGAACUCAUGUCUCUAAUCUAUCUCACAUACAGGCUAUCAAAUUGCUUUGUGCUGAAAAGGGCAAAAAGAAUAAAAUCAACUUAAGUUUUUUAGCUGGAGGGAGACUACUCAAGUAUGUUGGUGACAGUUUUACAAGGGAAAGAACACUGACUGGAAUACUCAAGGGUCCAUCAGACAAACACUGUGACCUUGCUGAGAAAGCUGUCAAAGGGUUAAAAAACAUGCAGAAGGCUUGCAAUUUACAGCUAAGAGAGUUGGCAACAAUGGAAGUGGCUUUAUAUAAGCAGUCACCAAAUAGAGAAAAUAUAUUUGUUAAGCAUAGAAAAGAUGGUGACAAUGAUUAUAUAAGUGUACUAAUAAGUGAAUUAGGAGAUAAUACCUUGCCCAAGUUGAUCACUGUGGGAGAUGACAAAGAUGGUGGGAUGUUUGUGUUGGCUGGUUCAGAGAUCUUGGUGAAGGAAAUGGGUAGCAGGCUCUGUGAUAUUUUUGAAGGGAAAGGUGCAGCAAAUAAAGAAACAUUUCGAGGAAAAGCAACAAAACUGGCCAAUAGAAUCAAAGCUGAAAAACUGCUUAGAGAGUACCUUGGUUUAAAUCAGGAGAAAGAAAGUUAAAAAUAAUCUCUAAACAUCUAGGUUUAAAAAGUUUUUUUUUAAAUGGUUUUAGACAAUACUGUAAAAGAGUAUUUUUAUGUGAAUUGGUAAAAAUCCUAAAAACACAAAUCUGUCAAAAAUUGCAUACUUCCGUUGUUUUUUAGCAUUGUUCUCUCCCCACUUGAACAGACAUUGAAAGGUACAAGAAUUGUAAAACUGACGUCUUAGUUAUCACAGUAUAUAGGUUGAGUGGGGGUCACAUUGUGUAAGGUUGAUUGGAGGUUGGAGAAUGACAUUGAUCAAUCUACAUUUUUUUAAAUUAUUAGAAUGUCUCAGAGCCCUCAGUUGACUAUGUACAUCACAUUUUGUUGGGGACUUACUUUCAAAUCUUGGAUUUGUUGUAGUUGUAGAUGACUUUUUUUUCUUACAUUGAAGUUCUACAAAUGAAAUUGAACAUAUCUAAGCUGUUCAAUUUAAACCAUAUUUCAGUGCUGCCAUUUUUACUAAGCUUGGGUUCAACUCACUCUGUCUGUCUGUCACAAUUUUUGUGCAUGUUAUUUCUCCCACACCCAUUCUCGGAUCAAGUUAAAACUUUCCACAACUAUUUAUUUUACCUAACAAAACAUGAAUCAAUAUAAAAAAAAUUAACCAAUGAGUUAAUUAUUUUGUUUGAUAUCAAAGGAGGAAAAUAACUCCUACAGUAAAUCUGCCAGAUACCAGGAUGUUAGGGAAAAUUUUUUAGAGCGCACAACUUAAAAACACUAUUCAACAAUGUUGACCCAGGGAAGAUACUGGGCUUUGUCUGGGAGGUGGGGUUGACUACAAAGAUCUGAUUUGUGAAAUUGUGACCCUAUAAUAUUUACAUAAGAUUUUUACUAAUUAUUACAUUUUUACUACCUUUACUAUUUUAACUGUGAAUAGACCUUGUUUUUAAUGAUUUAACUGUAUGGAAUUUAGCUCUUGUAAAGGAGAGUAAUCCUUGAGCACAACAUGGCCUAAAUUGUGCAGAUGUGCCAAAAUUUCAAACUCAAACCCUACAGUAAAUCUGGAGUUCUUCCCCUUUGAUAAGCUUUAACUGAUUCUUACCUUUAAAAAAAAAUUUAAUUCAAAAUGUUGAAAACAUUGCACGCUUUUGAUCUGACAGUUUGUAUUCUUUAUGUCUGUGAGGUCUACUAUGUAACAUAUUGUUAGCAUUAUGAAUAAGAUUUUAUGAUUGAAAGUUGUAACCAUUGCUAAGUCUGGGAGACCAUUCAGACCAGUUGGCAAGUAGUGAUUAGGUCACAUAAUCCUGAUUUACUUUUCAAUGCUAAUAAAAUAUUUUCAAUGUUGAGAAAAUAUAAUUAAAUAUAUUUAUUGUUGCAAAUGUAUAGAUUUGUAAGAUGAUGCCAUUGUUAAUAAAAUAAUAAUAAUUUGUGGAUAAUGUUA